AGAGGAGAGAGGGCGCCGAUUUCUCUCGCGCUGCUGCGUUACGGGAGAGAGCCGCGAGUACGUUUCCGUAUGAGCCAUGGUUAGCGCGUGGUCUUACGGGUGUCGGGGUUCAUCUCGGACUCCACUUGCGCGGCUCUUUGACACUGACGAACUAAACCGGCUCCGCCCUCGUCAGGAUUCCCGCGAUUCCAAGUGCCGCGCUUUUAAAACGCCAACCCCAGUUCUCCGCCGCGACUCAUGCUCAAAGCCCAAUUUGACGCGCUUCGCGGAUAAACUCGUGCUCGAAUUAUGAAAAUACAUAUUUAAUUUCGUCCAGGAAUGUUACUUCCUAUUACUUGCGUAACUGUUGAGUGUUUUUUGGUGGCGGAAUCGCUCGUGAUUUUUAUGGGAUGAUAAGUUUUGUGAUCUCGGAGUUUCUGCCUGUGUUAUCAGUUGUUAUGUUUUGUUUUGUUUUCGUGCGUUUUCGGUCGAUGUUUUGACUUAAAUUCAAACGUUCAAUCCUGUUUUGAUAAAAUUGCGUCUAAUUUGGAUGAAAAUGCUGCCGGAACAGAUUCAUAGGCACGUGCAACAAGCAGUGCCCACAUUUUUUUGCGUAUUGUUGUCGUUGAAUCUCGCGAUGAGCCGCCCCCAAGCUGACGUCCCAGCCUCUCCCGGUGAGCCAGCGGAAAAUUUGAAUGUUUUAAUGCAAAAGCUCUCGUCAAAAGCAGCAAGGUCGCUCGGAUCCGAAGGUUCUCCUCGUUUCACUCCAAAAGCCGAAGACUUUGCAGAUUGCGCCAAUGGAUCAACGUUUUGCGAAACGAUUAAGGACUAUCCUAGUAGUCACAUAGAUGAAAUGUUCAUGCAAGAAGCUUUGAAAAGACAAUUCGACUCAAAAUACGAAGUUGAAAUUCAGCCAGUUGAUGUCAUGGAUGAACCGGAAAAGGAACCACUUUGCAAGUCGAUGAAAAAACUCAUCUAUCCCAACAUCACAAAAACCGACGAUGUCUCGGGCGAAAGCAAAGUUUACACCAUGAAAUCAGGAAUAGAAGUUGAGGAGUGUGUACAAUCUGGCUCCUGUUCGUCAAGCGAGAAAAUGCCGGCCGGUUUCAAGGCUCUGUGCAAGCAAAGGUACGUCUACACGCAUCUCCUCAUGACGGACAAGGAGGGGGUGGAAUCGAAGCAAGUGUACUUGCUACCCUCCGGCUGUAUCUGCUCCCUGAAAGCGGCUGAAAGCGGUCUCAAGAUCAAAGACGCUGCACUGCUUCUGCUCAACGAAUUCUUGACGAAACCACAGUGACGUCACCAGUGACGUUGCAUCCUCUCUCUAGUCAGCGCCCCAACUUGACAUUCAAGUAAGGGCGCCUUUCAACUACGGGUCCGACGUGACGUCGUUUCCCAGGUGGAGCGUAAACACAUUUCAACGUUGCGAAAUUUCCAUGCGCAUAUUGAACUUUUACUAGGAAACUUCUGGGUAUUUACAUGUGAAAAUUUCACUAAUUGUCUCUCUGGCUGCACGCAAAAAUCAGCUAAAUGGAGAGAAACUGCUCUACCAUAUUUCUAUAAAAAUUGAUCCGUUUGAGUCAGUUUUGCAACAUUGGUAUGAAGUUGUAUACGAUCCCCCGUCUGGGAAUCAACGAUAAGUCUGCCACUGCGUUAUUAGACAUAUUUUUUUGAUUCUUAAAGAAUCGCAUGUCAAGCGUGGUGGUGGAUGCUUACGCUCAAAGAUACGCGCUUCAAGCAUGGAUAAUCGGGACUUGACAUUCACAAAAAGAUACAGUCGUUCAGCGGUAUCUAAAAGGUAGAACAGUCGGCAAACAGCUUAGUAGAACCUAAUUCAAAUAAGGAUGCCCUCUUUAUUUUUUACGCCGAAUUUAAAUUUUUGGCCUUCUGCUGCUAGGUUUCACUGGGUAAGAACAAGGCAAGAGCAAGACUUCUCGAUCAUUCGUAGAGACCCUUGUUAGUGUGCUGCUCAUCUGCUCUGCUUCAUUCUUUGAGAUGGUUGUAAGUUUGGCCAGGAAUUCCCCACCCCCCUUUUUUUCUGAAGAGUAAAUGCUUCAAUUGUGAUCGUCAAUGCAUUUACCAACUGAAAGUUCCUUUAUAGUAUCUUUAAGUAGGUAACAGAUAGUUACUAUUCACUAUCAACAGCGCACGUGUAAUUCACCAUGAUCUAAUAUUUUCUUCAGUUUCGUCCAAGACAUGAAUCAUAUUGUAUAGAUUGAUACAUUUUUUGAUUGGUCGUAACAUUUUCUUUAGAUACCUAUCGUUAAGCAAAACAAUUUGUGUAGGGACAUAAUUAUUUGUAAGGCCUCAUAAUCAUGUAAAAGCCUGACUUGUCGAGACUCAUGCUAAAAUUAGAGAGCCUCCUUUUUAAAAUGAUGCAACGAUGUAUGUAAUGAAAAUAUUUUUAGUAGGUAACGAUGUUCAGUAUUAGAUAACGUCAACGUAUUGCACAAAAAUUUCAUGAGUUUAUACGCUGUGUUACGUUAGGUAUUUGUGCACCAAAGACCAAGGCACCAAGAUGCCCUAAAAUCUGGAAAUUAUUAAUUGAUCUAUCUGCUAUCGGAUAUUUCUCCAAAGUGCUAAAGAUCCACUUUAAGUUCAUAACCAUGAAAUCUCAACUUUGGGAUGAGUUGGAAUAAAAGGAAAUAGAAAUAUUGCGGAGUCCUAUUGAAACCUGCAUGGUCGGGGAAAUCCCGAGUACGUGGUGUUGCGCCAUUACGGUUUGUUCAAAUCGAGGCUGCAUAUUUUAAGCGGCCUCCGCGAUGCGGUAUGUGACAGAGUUGCCAUUAAUCGAAUCGAAUAUAUUGUCAAAUAAAGCACUCUCAGCCUAUGGUCUCAGCAAAAAGAAAUCAACUUGACAGGAUAUACGGAGUGACUUACUCAUUGAACAUAAAUUUCACUUUUAUUCUCACACAGAGCACUAAAAAAUGUUUAGUCUGAAUAAUGAUGUAUAAGUGUCAAACGCAAUGAGCGAUCGUUGGCAACUUGCAUGCUAUUCUUGAUGAAUAGAAAAACACGUAAAUACGGAGAUGAAAUAACAAAACCAGAGUUGGCUAUAAUGUCUGGAAUUGGUAAGAUCCAAAGUCAGCACAACUGCAUUAUAAGUUUUUACAUUUCAUACUCGUAAUUUUAACAUUUAACUCGACGACUUUCCACCUUGAAACUAUCUGCGAAUUUAUCUUGAAUCGUAAAGAAUAUACUCAGAAGAUUGCGAGAUUGCAUGUUCCUCAGUUUUCUGUAAAAUAACGUAAAACAUGGUGGAAAUUAGGCAACGUAUAAUGUAGUUGUGCUGAUUCUAAUUAAACGAGUUGGGUUAGGUCCGGGUAGGCAACUAAACUAACCGCAUUGCAAGGCGGAAAGUAUCAGGAAGAAUUGAAGGCGUUCUCAGCCAGGAUUUUUCAAAGUCUUCUUUUUUCUCACCAAUGGAGCCCUCAUUAAGCCGAUGCAAAUUUCUGCAAUUUGACGAGCAACUCGCAAAAUAUUGGCAAAUUACUAACGAUUGCCGAUUGCUCGCGACAAAAAAAUUUUUCUUUAUAUUUCGUAGGAAAAAAAAUAAGUUUCAUAAAAAUAUGAUAGUUUCAUGAGUGUGUUUUGUCAGUUACUUCCUCCAUGUCAAUCUGAAAAAGAACUAAAUUGAUAAUGUAGGCAAGAGAUUAGUAGCUAUGUAUUUGAUUAGUGCUAUAGAGUUAAAUUAAAUUCAUAUAGGGGCGUCAUUCUCAGAAAAUCCUAGGGGAUUAAAUAAAUGUUGUUCAGAGAAUUUAAAUAGUUGGCAAGACUUCAUAAAAUCUCGGAAGAUUGCCUUAAAAUUGAUCAAAAUUGAUCCUAUCAGCUCUCUUUGAGGAAUAAAUCUUACCUGAUUCACAUUUUUUUUCAAGAAACAGGAAACUUUCAAUUAUUUUGAUGCUGUUGUGCCGUUUAUUUGCUAUAAGUGUAUCGAAGUUUGCGAAUGAACUUUGUUUAAAUUCUCUGUAAUGAGUCAUUGUUCGAAUAUUAUAUUUGCGGAUGGAGCUCACAAAAAGCAUGUGCAGCGUCGUCGGAGAGCUUUGUUUCAAAAUUUUAAACAUACCUGAGUUAUUAAUCGUCCAUACUCAGGGUUUUGUGCAGAAAUGGACGAAGCUCUCAGCAAGUUCUCGAGGCGGUUAUUUUUUCCACGAGAAAUCGUAGUUUUUCAAGAGUUUUAAAGUUGUUCAGAGCUUAAUUUUAGGUUUCAAUUUUUCCAUCAGUGUACAUCAAUCAUUCAUUGAAGGCAUGCGGAAAAGAACGUUUUAAUUGUCCAAAACACACCUUUGAUUGAUUUGCUAGCGUUCAAGAACUAAAUCGGAGCUCAUAUUUUCUCACAGAACUUUGCUCUCUUCCCUUAAGUAAAUGUUCCAUGCUAUUUCUUGUUUGUCUCAUAUGUACUGUUGUCGGUCUCGACUCGAGGUCUUGUUUUUAUCGAUAAUAUGUCAGGCCUUGUAGAUAAUCAAUGUAGAGUAUUUUUGGUGCUAUUUUGAGAAUAAACUUUCUUGUUGGUACAUCAUGUUGUUUAUUCUCUAAAAAUUACAUGGAAAGUCACUGGUUCAAAGACGUAUCCAAAUAUGUUUGAUGUCAUAUACUUGAAAUAUCGGAUUCAUCUUUAGUGAUUUGAUACCUUAAUAUUCAAGUUUGUCAUCCCUGUGCGCAGGGCAGCUACGGCGCAACAUAAGUUUGAGAGGAGAUACAGCUUCAUAAAGGAACUAAAAAUGCAUACAGUAUACCCUAUAUGAUAAAUUCCUACCCGAAUGCGGAUUUCAUGCACAAGUAUACUUAAGUAACAUGCAAUUGUGAAAUCUCCUCACAUUUUCUUCUUCUUUACAAUUUACCAAAUAACGUUUACUAUUUAUUUUUGUACCCAAUGCAUAAAAUGAUUUAUUUAUGAUAAAAUGUUAUUGUAUAGUAA